CGUUUCGAUCCAUCGAUGCGAGACACACGGCGGUGCAAGCUUACCGAGAAUCUCGGCUUCCUGGUGCAUCGCUGCUUCGAUCAGAGAAACAGUUAGAUGCAAUUAGUGCUUCGACGUUCUAAUUAUCGAUCGAUUUCGUCCCGACUCGCAUGGUACCAGGCGCGAAACGUUAAUUCCCUUUGAAUUCCCGCCGAUCCGAUCGUAAACUUUCGAGAUCGACGUUUCACGGCGUUAUCCUUGGUUCUAUUUCAAAAUCUUAACUAUCGGCUGGUGCCUUGGUCCUUGUAGUUCGUCUAUUUCCGAGCAGUUUGGAAACUUCCAGUGCAUUCUUGCGAAGAUGGUGAGGAGGAGGGAGCCAGGUGACCUGUGAACAAUUUAGGACAUCGUGCGAUCAGUCGAGAGUUCAACGUUGUUUUUUCCCAACCGCUCGUUUAGCAAUCGAGAGCAAGACAUCGGUGACAAGUGCUCCGAAGGGGAAAAAAAAUCACCGUGACUAUACACGGCUGUUUCGUUUAAAUGUGGCCAUGGUGAGCGGUGGCAAGUUGCAUUUCCGGUCUGCGAGAGAGGAGAGUUAAAGCUUCGCUCGACACACGCCUCCAGUUAACGCGACAAGCCUACUAUUAAGAAAAAUGGCGAUGCAUCUGAUUCUACUCUGGGCGUUGGUCGCCCUAAUUGGCCGGGUACACGGCAAAUGCAGCGUAGCGCCGUUUGUGGAUGAUGAACGGUCGAUCGCCUACGCUUGUACACACGGUGACCUGAACGACCUCGAUGAGAUAUCCAGCGAGGCAGAGUGGAUAGAGUUCACGGUGUCGAGGUUCCAUAUUAUACCAGACAGCGCGUUCCAGCGAUUCAAGAACCUGAGGAGACUGUCCUUCUACAACUGCCAUGUGAACUUCACCGAUCCAGAUGCAUUCGCUGGCCUAACUCGACUGGAGUGGCUGAUAUUCCACGGGACCAAGAUCUACGUGGCCAGGAACCCAUGGUUCCGCCAUUUACCUAACUUGAGAAAGCUGAUCUUGGAUAGGUGCGGUUUAAUGCACAUCGAGCACGACGUUUUUCGCGCGUUGCCCAGACUUGAAACGCUGAGUCUGCGCGAUAAUGAUCUGGAUUGCUUACCGAUCGAGGAACUCUCGCAUCUGCGAGAGCUCAGGGUCAUGCGGAUCGACGGCAAUCCUUGGCUCUGCAACUGUCGAGAAAGAUUGGACAGGUACAUUCGGGAUCGUUCUCUCGUCCCGGAACUGGAAUGCCCGAAGGAGAUCUACCUGUGCAGGAAAUAUCAGUGUAUGACGCAAGUUGGAUUCACAAUACAAUCGACCAACAAUUGUAACUGGGAACACGCAAGGAUUCAUGGCAACGAAUUCCAUACGAAUGUGUUCACAUCCUUGGACAGACUUCCGGACAAGACCAUCAGGAUCGAGAUUUCCGGCAUGACGAUCGACACUCUCCCGAGAUAUGGAUUCUUCCGUUUCGGAAAUAGCUUGCAAAGUUUAGAACUGAAUAACUGUCAGAUAAAUAGGAUCGAGAGCGGUGCUUUCGCGGGUUUGCACAGGCUGCAGCGCCUUUCGUUGUUCGGUAAUCGAUUUCCGGUCGUGGGUGCAGACUGGUUUCGAGAUCUCGUUAAUCUUCAACAAUUGAUAUUACGAAAUAACAGUAUCGAACAGAUCGAACGAACGGCGUUAUGGCAUUUAGGCAGCAGUUUACGAUUUCUCGAUAUUAGAAACAAUCGACUACGAUGCAUCGCCGUCGAGGAGUUGACCGAAUUAAAAAAAUUGGAAAGAUUGGACGCGAUUGGUAAUCCGUGGAUCUGCGCGUGUCGCAGAAAUCUUCAAACUUUUCUAACGCAAAAGAACAUUGGAUUCGAGAUCAAUGCAGGUCGAUGCUACGAGAACGAGAAUGAUAUUCCAAACGAUACCAACAGAUGGCGACCACAGAACGUGGAUCCUUCGGUUACUACGGGCAGAGUGCACUGGGCAUCGUUCGCAGACUGCAUUAAGCAAUCAAAUAUCACGAUCGCCAGACCAGUCCCUUCGGCCCCACCGACAGAACCUCCAGUUGUAACGUCGCAACCACCCACCUACGCGGGUAGUUGCUACCGCGAGAAGACCACGGAACAAUCAAGACCGAUCUACACCUGUCGAGGUAUUACCUCGAUAGAAGAAUUUAAUCUAAUACCUCCUACUGCGCACACGAUCCGCGUUAUCUUGUCGAACAUUAAGAAGAUUCCUCAGGGCACUUUCGCGCGCUUCAACGGCUACCUAUCGAAGCUCGAGCUUCGAGAUUGCGGUAUCGAGACGAUCGAGCCUCGUGCCUUUUACAAGCUAUACAAUCUCGAGUAUUUGUCUCUUAAAAAUAAUCAGCUGAAUAUUGUCAACGGGGAGACGGUACAGGGUCUGUCCAACCUGAGGCAUCUGGAUCUAUCCCAUAAUAAUAUAUACUUAAUAACGAACGACGCGUUCGAUGACAUACCGUACCUCACGAGCCUCGACGUAUCUGAAAAUUCCAUGAACUGUAUCGGCAUCGAGUACAUGGCUAAUCGUUUACGAUAUUUGUCGACACUGCACGUCGCCAACAAUCCUUGGAGCUGCCUGUGCGGGACGAAACUGGCCGACUUUCUGGACACCCACAGAAUUCAUUACGACAAACAUACGUUGUUGCUGAAGGAAGACUGUUACGCCACAAAAUUUCCCACAACAACCACCAUUCCCCCUGCAACGACCCCUAGCGUACCGACUUUCAACGAAACCAUCGAAGGGACCUGUACUGUUCGCGACGAUACAGCAGGAAUUCGAUACCAGUGCACCGGCGGAAAUUUAUUGCUACUGCAAUCGUUACCGCCAGAGGUUACCGCGAUCGAGUUUAACGAAGGACAUCUGCCACGCUUGCCGGCAGGAUGCCUGUCCAAGUAUACGAAUUUGCGUGAACUCGUCAUUAGAAAUUCUGGCUUGAUCACCAUGGAACACGGCACGUUCGAUGGUUUAAACAAACUCAAGAAUCUAACGAUUCAAGAUAAUCCUUUAGAGAUGAUCGGAUCGUCCUGGCUCGCUUUAGAAAGUCUCGAAAAACUGGAUCUACGCGGCAAUUCGAUCAACUAUAUUGCCCCCGGUGCUUUUCGAAACUUGAAUAGUCUCACCUAUUUGAAUCUAGAAGGUAACGAUCUUAAAUGUAUAUUUACCAGUGACUUGAACGACAUGCCUAACGUAUAUAUCGUUGAGUUUUCUGGAAAUCCUCUAAAAUGGAGGUGCAGAGUCGAAUUGGAACAAUUUCUUGAGGGUCGCAAAAUCAGAUUCGUAAGAAUCGAGAAUUCUUGCGAGGGCAAAAAAUUGAUGAGGAAUCUUCUGUUGCAAAACAAAACCGAUGGCACGUUCGAUUGCCCGUCUCAAUGUUCGGCAGCAUCCCAUAUUCGCCGACAUGUCUUCCCGUCAGUGUUCGCGUUACUACAGUUGAUUAUUGCGAUCUAUUAAAGAAAUUAAUCGCACGAUUGAAGCUCGAUACUUAACUAUAGUACAAUAAUAUGUGUUCAUUAAUUCCAUUUGCAUCAUUUGCGAAUAGAGAGUGUACGGUGGUUUUUAAGAGUUAAAUGUGAUGGUAAGGGCAUAUUGCCCAUUUUUUCGUAUGAUGCAAAUGAUGCAAAAUACGUA